ACUCGCGGUAUAUACUUUCGGAAAAUUGUUUCUGCAGUGACAGUGUUAUAGUAAUUCCGGAAAACUCUAAAAGAAUUUUGACCGUGAGCAUGGCUAAGUUGGGAGUUACAAGUAUUCUGUUAGUUAUCUUCGUUUGCAUAUCGGCUGGGCUGGACGAGGACCCCAUUUCCAUAGAAGUUCCGGACGACUCAGAAUUGAGAGUCAUAGCCAAGAAAUGCAAAAUUCCCGGAGUUUCUGAUGAGGAAAUUGAACGAAUGCUUAACGAUGAUACGAAUUUAUCAUAUGGAGGGAAGUGUACUCUGAAAUGUAUAGCCGAGAAUAUAGGGAUUGUCAUAAAAGACGAUCAAAUGGAUGUAGCGGAAACGAAGAAGAUAGUGGAGAAAUCUGCGGUAGAUAAAGAGGAAUUAGCAUUGCCGUUUUAUCUCAUCGAUAAAUGCGGUGAAAUCAAAGACAAAGAUGAAUGUGAACUGGCUUACAAACUGAAUCUGUGUAUGAUUGAAGCAACGAAAGAAUGGAAUUCUAAUAGCACCACUGAUGACCUGUUGUGAUUUCCUAGAAUUGAAAUCAAAAAUCAUCCUAAACCUUAUUUUAGAAAAAUGUGCUUGAUAUAAACAAGUUGGAAAAU